AUUAACAUCAAUCAUAUCAAGCUAAACAACACAUAUCAUCUGAUCUCAUGACCAAACCCGAAAAUACCCCGCGCCAGAUCUUCAACGGCAUCUUUGACUGCUGGCUUUGCGAGCUAAACACCAUCCUAGAACAGUUAGUCACGGCCGCGAAUAGCAACAAUUGCAAUGACAAUAAAGGCGAUUCGGGUUCGGUUUUGCACCUGCUGAUCAUUCAAUCAAUAGGGCACUACGAGGAGUACUACAAGAUGAAAUCAGAUGCAGAAAAAGGAGACAUUAUUUCAUUGUUCGCGCCUGCGUGGCUGACCUCCCUGGAGGAUGCCUCUUUGUGGAUCGCUGGAUGGCGACCCACGACGGUCAUCCACUUGUUGUAUUCAAAAUCAGGUAUCCAGCUUGAGGCUAGUCUAGCUAACCUAAUUCCUCUAUUCACCGCGGGUGAUUUAGGAGAUUUGAAUUUGAUUCAACUCAAUCGAGUCGAAGAAUUACAAAAGAAAACCGUUCGUGCAGAGAGAAGGAUAGGUGAGAAAAUAGCGAAGGUGCAGGAAUCGGCUGCGGACACGUCCAUGGUGGAUCUCUCCAACGCGAUUUCGGAGAUGAUCAGGGAAGAGAAUGAAGAUGGGGUGAUGGACCAUAAUGGUAGAGUGGAAUCAAUGCUGGAGCCGAAGACGGGUGCGUUGGAAGAGGUGGUACAUAUGGCGGAUGGUCUAAGGAUGAAGACGUUGAAGGCGGUUAUCGAGAUUCUGACACCGAUCCAGGGGGUGUACUUUUUGAUCGCUGUAGCAGAGCUUCGUCUUCGGGUACACGAUUGGGGGUUAAAGAGGGACGGUGACUAAUGCGGAAGAAAUAGAAAAUCAAAUGUACAAGCUUAAUAACAAGCCCAAUAACUGGGGGUGUUGCUAAAUGCACUCCCAUCUUUUUUAAUUUUACUGGUUGCACUCUCCUCUAAAGUUUGUAAAUAAAUACAAUCAACCCUUUUUUUUCUACUUUUUGAAAAUUUGUAUUAGGAAAUAUCCCUAUUUUUUUCUUUUUAUUGAAAUAUUCUAUGCAA